CUCAAGAUAGAAGGUUUGAAUGUGUGCAUUGUGUAUGCACUUCUUGAACGCGACAGAAGUUGGAUUCUGGAUGAUACUCAGCUUGAAAUCAAUAACGAGACUACGGGUCUGAAGUGGAUCUAUGAACCACUCUGCUAUGGAAUUCCAAAAGCCAAUGAAGAUAUGUUAUUUUUAAGCCAUUGGAAGUUGGGGAAGGAGUUGAAAGGUGGCAGUAAAAUAAAUGUUUCAGUGGACAUGGCGAAAUCUUUUGAGGUCAAGCAAUGUGGUGUCCAUAUUGUGUACAGUAAUCUGGAAGAGGAGAAUAAUGAAACACCAACUGAAGAAGACAAAACACCAACUGAAGAAGACAUGAUCAAGAUCAAGCCAAGCAUUUAUUCUACUUAUCAGACUUUUUUUGAAGGAGAUUUAUCAGCAUAUCAGAUGAGCACAGGAGCUUUCCUCUUUAGCAAUCAUGAAUGCUUCUUGGAUCAGCGUCGCUCGGGUGAUGAAUGGGUUCAUAACGACUUAAUGGAAAUUACAUGGCUCACUGAUGAUGAAGAAGAACUAGAAGAUGAGGAGGAUGACUAG